AUGGAAACUGAUCUUAUUAUAACAUCAUGCUGCACUUCGAAGCGAACGCUUCCUAAUGAUUUUACCUCGGAAGCGUCGGUGAAUUUUAUGCCAGAAAUACGACGAUUGGCAAGCUUUCUGAAUUGCGAGUUAAAUCUUCCUCUGACAAUUUCCAAAGGUCAUCUUGCAAAAACCGGACUUGCGUACGAUCAAAAUGAACACAAGCUGAAAUGUGCAGCUUGUAAAUUUGAAUUCGAUUUGAACGAAAAGAACAUCAAUCCAAUUGAACAACAUUUGAAACAAAAUCCAGAGUGUAAAUUAGCUCUAAUUCAAAAUGAAAUUAUUCCUCAACUUGGGCAGUUGCCAAUAGGGAUGACAUCAAGUGUUUCCAAAAUAGAACUAUGCAAUUCAAACGAUCCUACUUCUAUGGAAGUGGAUACGAAUAGUCAAAACAAAGAACUAUCUCUACAACGAGCGUUUCUUGACAAAUUAUCCGAUGUCGUUAUUCGUGAAUUACAAACAAAUACGUUCAGCAAUUGGCCAUUGAUCGCACCAAAUGCACAGGAAAUGAUUAAUGCAGGGUGGUCCUAUACCAACAUUACUGAUCGUGUCGUUUGCCUCUAUUGUAAUACAAUAUUCCAUAAAUGGACAGCUGACGAUCAACCGUACGAAAUUCAUCGAUUGAAAUCUCCUCAAUGUCCAUUUGUAUUAUCAUAUGAGAAACACAAUUCAUCUAAAUACAGUUCUCAAAUAGCUAUAAGUGCACUACCUAAUGUACAAGCAGUUGUUGGAGCUGUGAACAAUGAAUAUUCACAAUCAUGUCGUAGACAUGAAUCAUUUCAGAACUGGCCACACACUGAAGAAAAUCCAUUGCCUUCAGUCGAAUCAUUUGUUAAUGCAGGCUUUUACUAUACAGGUGUUAAAACUAUUGUGAGAUGUUUCUAUUGUAAUAAUGCCUUGCAAAAUUGGCAGCCAAAUGAUGAUCCGAAAAUCGAACAUGCUCGAUUUUAUCCCCAAUGUGCGUAUAUUCGACAAUAUAUAGGAGAGGAAUUAUAUCAAGCAGUAUUGCAUAAAACUCGUGAGCUGAAUGCUCAAAACGCAAGUCAGAUCAGUAAACCGGAGAAAAAGUUGGACAUCGCUUUAUGGUCGGAUGACGAACUCGAUCGAAUGGUCAAAGCUCGUCUUGAUCUGCCAAUCGUUGAAAAGGUUCGAGAACUCGGUUUCAAGAUUGCAGUCAUUCGAAAAGCAUUAGAGAUGCAACUGAGGUUUAAAAAAGACGAUUUCAAGACGGACAAUGAUUUUCGUUAUGCAUGUCUUAUCCUAAAUGCACAAGUCGUAUUGAUCAAUGGAAUGAGCCAUGCUGUACUCGUGCCACAAGAAUGGAUGAAGAAUUUCACGAAUAAUCCAGAAAUGAACAUUCAACAAACGAACCAAUCAGUCACACAAACUUCUCAGAUAUCCGAUGAAAAGAUUGAAGCGUCGAAUUCCAUGACAUCUAGUGUUCCACAGUCUAAACCGACACACCAACCAGAUGAUGAUUCAAUACUAUGCGUAUUAUGUCUACAAACUGAGCGUCAAGUAGCAUGUUUGCCGUGUGGCCACCUGACGAGUUGUGUUGCUUGUGGGCACAGCUUGAGAGUGUGUCCAAUUUGUCGAACGCCAGUGAAGGCUUUCGUCCGCAUCUACGUAUGA